GCGUGGGGGAGGUAAAGCUAUAUAAGGCCGUCCAGCACGAAUUUAUCGUCAGUUUGCGUCAGUCUGCAUGGUCUCAAAAGUCCAUAAAUAGUUGGGGGGUUAAUUGAGGCUGAAGUUAUGACGAAUGAAGCACCUGCGAUCCAGGAGUUCAAGCUCGAUCCUGACUGCGAGCUGCGGUUCGAGGUUGAGAGUAAAAAUGACAAGGUGACACUCGAGCUGAAGCUGGGGCUCGCCGAGGUGUUCGGUACCGAGCUCGUGAAAAACAAGAAAUACGACUUCGGUUUCGGCGCAAAAGUGGCAGUGUUCACCUGGCAGGGCUGCACCCUGGAGAUAUCAGGAAAAACCGACGUGAGUUACAUCGCCAAAGAGACCCCGAUGGGCAUCUACCUGAACUGCCACGCAGCGAUGGAGCGGAUGCGAGACGUCGCCGAGAAGAAGGACUCCAGAGGUCCCAUCACGAUGAUCGUGGGCCCCUCGGACGUUGGGAAGUCCACGCUCUCCAGGAUUUUACUGAACUACGCAGUGAGGAUGGGGAGACGACCGAUCUUCGUGGACCUGGACGUGGGCCAGGGCCACAUAGCUGUGCCUGGAACCCUGGGGGCUCUCCUCGUCGAGAGGCCCUCGAACGUCGUCGAGGGAUUCUCCCAGCAGGCGCCCCUGGUCUUCCACUUUGGCCACAAAACCCCAAGCGUGAACAUUGCCCUUUACAAUCUCCUCGUCACGAGAUUAGCUGAGGUCUGCUCGGACAGACUGCAGGCGAAUAAAAAGGCCAAAGUCUCUGGGAUCGUCAUCAACACCUGCGGCUGGGUCAAGGGGGGAGGCUACAAGCUGCUGACCCACGCUGCCCAGGCCUUCGAGGUCGACGCCAUUCUGGUGCUAGACCAGGAGAGACUGUACAAUGAACUCGUCAGGGGAAUGCCUGAAUUCGUUAAAGUCGUCUUUCUGCCGAAGAGUGGGGGCGUCGUCGAGAGGACCCAGACGAUGAGGAGUGAGUCCAGGGACCAGAGGGUCAGGGAGUACUUCUAUGGCUCCAAGACCCCGCUGUAUCCUCACAGUUUCGAGGUCAAGUGGAGUGAAGCCAGGAUUUACAAGAUUGGGGCGCCUGUUCUGCCUGCAUCCUGCAUGCCACUGGGCAUGAAGGCUGAGGAUAACCUCACGAAACUUGUGGCGGUUACUCCAGGGCCUAGCUUGCUGCAUCAUCUGCUGUCGGUUUCUUUUGCCGACUCCCCGGAGGACGACGUCGUCCAGACGAAUGUCGCUGGAUUUGUCUGUGUGACAAAUGUUGAUGUCGACAGGCAAACCAUCACCGUCCUCAGCCCACAGCCUCGACCACUGCCGAACACAGUCCUUCUGCUGUCGGAUAUUCAAUUCAUGGAUAGCCAUUGAGGGACUUAAUUGUACAUAUGAAUUAAUGAAUUGUAGAUUGUAUAUGAGAGCCAUGGAAUCAUGAAUUUUUGUACCAGGUGAAUGCGUUGUUGGCGGCUGUAAUUAUUGAAUGCAUCGAGACUUGAUUGAGGUGUGGUUUUUUAUUUUUUUUAAGCACAAACCUCACGGUUACACAGCUGUACAUGCGAAAAUAAAAAUAAAAGAAGUAAAAACGAAGAAGAUAUAUUUUGUACAUUGUGUCGAAUAUGCAACAGUUUCACAGGCAUCGGAAUUACAUUAGACUUGCAAUUAAUUAUAUUUCAGAUUAAAAAAUUGAUGAGAAAAUAUUUAUUGACAUCAUUCCUUAUUUUUUUCAAGUGAAUGGAUGUACAAAUAUUUUAAUGCCGCAAUAAAAAUAAUUAUGUAUUUAAAAAAAAAAAUAUUUUUUAUUCUGAUGAACGAAUACAAAGAAAAUGAAA